UUUCAUGAUCCUCAAAUUAUCACGUAUCUCAAAAACUGAUAAAAGUAGUUCUGCAUUUUUCUUUGCUCGUGAAAACGAUGCUUUUAUGUUUGGCACCUAGAAUUAUUUAUUUUUAAAAGCUCUGGCUAGAGUAGUCGUGGCAAAUGAAACAACGAAUACUCUUUCAACAGAAAUGCUUGGUAAUCUUUUAAGAAUGGUUUUUCAGUAAAAGAAUCAUUGUUUUUAUGAGAAAAAAUGAAAAAUUAUGAAAAAUGAUUUUCUUUUACGAUUUAAACUGAAAAUGACACCUGGAAUUUCAAUAAAAUCGAGUCUCACUCGAUUUUUUAAUCAAUUCUCAAAAUAUACAGUUUUCUUUUCAAUUUUUGCCUCGUAAACAGUUGCCAGUGCGAAAAACACAGUGGAAAUCAAAGCACAAGCUAUCGACCAGGGCAACCAAAGUCGUGUCUUUGCUCUGUUACGACUAUUUCCCCCUUUGGUUGCUACGUACUGUCAUAUAUAGAUAUAGAGUAUAAUAACAGAGUAAAAAAAGAAUUAUUGUGAGACAUUAUAGUCUUUCGACGUGACGAGCCUGUACGGCUGACACUACCACACUCAAGAGCCGCCAAACCACAACACGGAUCGUUUCCCUUCCACGGUAUUCUCUGUUUCUCUUUUUCUUCGCGUCUGUGUUUGUCUCUCGCUCUUUCUCUUCCGACUCUCCACGUGAGCGUGUGUACACCGCACCAGUGCUCAAUUCUCCAAGUUUAGUUCUCGCGAGACCGUCGUGAAGUGACCUCGCCGAGGCUUCCCCAUUCGCAAUUUAUCCGACCCACACUUGCUUGGCCCGAGAAAAGAGAAAGAGAGAGAGAGAGAGUGGUCGGAAUGGAAAUCGUGAAACAGGUGAAAGGCGAGUAACCAACGAAAAUAUAGCCUCCAGAGUCGCGGUUUCAGUCUACAGAUCAAUGUGAGAACGGAGAGGGGAGAAAAGUUGAUGGUUGAAGGUCCCGCCCGUCGCGCGAGCGUCUUCUCUAAUUACAGUACAUCAUGAAGCUCGAGAUUUUGCUUGCGUUAGUCGCCGCAGCUGUUUUGAAGGCUGGAGUGGCUCUGGAAACGACAGGUCCGACGAAUACAUUCUUCAGAACUUUUGAAUGCGUGAAUGGCCACUAUUGCCAACGGACGAGCACUCCGGUAGUAAGGAUUGAUCCGAAAGAUUUGAAAUCGAAAAAUGAGCACACGACCAUAGAAUCGUGCCGGUUAGUUUGCGGUCGGACAGCAGGACUCUGGCCAGUUCCAACUGGAGCUUCGAACUACAGUAAAAACUACAUCGAUCUCGACCCCAAUUACGUACGUUACGAAGGGACAAACGUGGCGAAAUCCCUGCGAUUGUUCAUCUCGGAGAUAUGGAGCCAGUUUACCGCUCAAAUAUUGCUGACCUGUGGGCCGAUUUGGUCAAAAUGCAGAAGAAGAAACACAACGAUGAGUGUCGCGAUAAGUGUGAAAUCUGGCGACGAAGAACUCGAUUGGAAUACGGACGAGUCUUACAGACUGAGGAUCGUCACCAAAGGAAACGAAAUAAACGCGACAAUCAAAGCGGCCACGAUUUACGGUGCUCGACACGCUCUGGAAACCUUGUCACAGCUGAUAGUUCGAGUCGUCACUGAAGAUGGCACUGCGGGUCUCGCUAUACUGGACUACGCGAGUAUUUCUGACGCACCUGUUUUUCCUCAUCGUGGUUUGCUCAUCGAUACAGCCAGGAAUUUUCUUCCUGUUUCCGACAUAACAAGAACGAUCGAUGCUCUUGCGGCAUCGAAGAUGAACGUUCUGCAUUGGCACGCUACCGACAGCCAAAGCUUUCCACUGCGAAUAAAGAGGAGACCUUUCAUGUCACUAUACGGAGCCUACUCGACCGAGAUGACAUACAGCCCCGAGGACCUCGGUCACGUGGUUCGUUACGCGAAAUAUCGUGGUGUUCGAGUGAUUCUCGAGCUGGAUUCGCCGUCGCACGUCGGAGCGGGUUGGGAGUGGGGGCCGGCCGAGGGUCUCGGGAACAUCGCAGUUUGCGUGAAUCAACAGCCCUGGCGUGACUACUGCAUCCAACCGCCGUGCGGGCAAAUAAAUCCGGUGAACCCGAACGCUUACGAGGUACUUCGGGACAUCUAUCGGGACGUUCUCGAAGUCAUCGGGACUAGGAGUACUUUACAUUUGGGCGGGGACGAAGUUUUCAUAAACUGCUGGAACUCGACACCGGAGAUCGCGAGUGCCAUGGAGUCCAGUGGCAUGGGAAGAUCGAUGGAUGAUUUUCUCCAAUUGUGGGCCAACUUCCACACGAAGCAGAGAAAAAUAUUGGACGAAAUAAAAGGCGGUGCUAAUGACAGCACCAUCCUGUGGAGCUCUGCGCUCACCAGCCCCGAAAUCAUCAGCCGUCACCUCGACAAAAAUCGCUUCGUUGUGCAAACUUGGCUCGAGUCGAGCUCGCCUGUUCCCUACGAGCUUUUAAAACUCGGCUAUCGUCUUAUAAUGUCGACGAAGAACGCUUGGUACCUCGACCACGGCUUCUGGGGCAGAACUCAGUUCCACACUUGGCGCGACGCUUACAACAAUCGAAUCCCCAGACACAAAGGCGUUCUGGGCGGCGAGGCCUGCAUGUGGGGCGAAUACGUUAACGGCGGAGGCCUCGACUCAAGAGUUUGGCCUCGCGCUGCAGCCGUUGCCGAAAGACUGUGGAGCGAUCCUACGAACAUAACGACCAGGGACGCUGAACCGAGACUCCAGUCUCAUAAAACACGACUCGAGACACGAUUUGUUUACGGUGACGCUCUCACACCGGAAUGGUGCAACCAACACGAGAGAAUGUGCUUGUGAUGUGUUCGUAAUCAUCUUUCCAUGUAUUCCUCGUGUCUUUUUCCUCCUCCUCCCCCCCCCCCCCCCUCCCGAGCCACCAAAGUCUAUGCUCAAAUGUGCCAUAGCAGGAAAAGUAUUCAGGAGACUCGAAUCCAAGACUUAUUUUUCAUCCUCAUGACACAUAAAUAUUCUUAUAUGUAAGCUAUUAAUUGAAUAAGAAAAAAAAUAGUUGCUAUA